CGGCUCACGGGGCGGCCCGCCACGACGUCACGCCAGCCGGGCCAGGCGCCUCGAGGCGGAAGCGGCGCGACCAUGGCGGAGCUCUACGUCAAGCCGGGGAACCGGCAGAGCGGCUGGAACGACCCCCCGCAGUUCUCGUAUGGAAUGCAGCAGCUCCAGGCGCCUCGGGGCGGCGGGGCCCAGCGCGGGCGCCUGACGCGGCGCGUAGCAGCAGCAGCAGCAGCAGAAGAAACAGUAACAGCAACGCCGCCGCCUACGCGUCUUCCUCCUCCUCCUCCCGGCACAGUUGUGUUACCGGCCUUUCCCCCACAAAAGGUGGGCCUACUGCCUAGUCUUUCUCUGAGGACAGAUGCCACAAAACAACUUCUCUUGGAGGCUGAAGAGGACUGUGGUGUGGAUGACGUGCUUUCCAUCUUGAACGAAGCUCUGGCUAACUGCAGGAGAACUGUGCGGAAACAGGUUUGUGAUGAUAUUGGCAAGCGUUUGUUAAUGCUGCAGCAGAUGUGGGCACAAGGCAAACUGUCUGCUCCUGUGAGAAGAGGAAUGGGAAUUCUAACACAAAAGCUCCAGGCUCAGUGCUGGGAUGCAGCUGAUGAGAUCCAUCGGUCGUUAAUGGUGGACCAUGUCACUGAAGUAAGCCAGUGGAUGGUGGGGAUCAAAAGGCUCAUUGCAGAAACAAGAAACUUGCCUACAGGUGAUCUUGCAUCAGAAGAUUAUGAGCAGAAAGUUGAAACAUGUUUCAAACCAGAAUGCCAGUAAGGUUGGGUUGAACCCCUGACUCAACUUGGCCUCAGGCACCUUAGCCCACUGAGUUUUGAUUUUUUAACCAGCAGAGAAGCUGCUUCAUGUACAACAGAUAUCCAUUCAGGUUAGCUUCUGAUAUCCUGACUAAAGCUUGAUCAACACUGAAACUCUGGGGCAAGCUAGAGAACUCUGAGCAGCUUUCUGAAAUCCACAGUGACUUGAGGUUAAACCUGCCAACCUCUAUUGGACUUGUGUAUGCAAAAUAGAACUUGGCUUGGGAACACAGCUGCAAUAUAGCUGUUUAAUUGUACAGUAUAAAUGGACCUUUAAAUGCUAUACUGGCAUAUAUGGUGGAAAAGCUAAAGAGCUUGUACCCAUAGCUACUGCAAAGGCCUAGUUCUGCCCCCGUAAGUGUAGAUGAGGCUCCUGGUCCUCAUCUACCUUACAUUCUUCAUGUGUUCUGGGAAAUGUUUUCUGUACACUUGGUGAUUUCUUGUUCCCAGGCAGUUGCAUGUGUGUGCUCAGCACUGCAGUCUACUAAAAUGAGGAAUGGGGCAGAGGUUAAAAAAUGUGUUGUGGUUUUUUUUAAUGAUUUUUUACUGCAGCAGCUUCAUUACAGAGAAGUCUUUGUUUCCGUAUUGUUUUGUGCGGCUAUAUUAAAACUAAUAUUUAACUUCA